AUGGGAUACGGCGUCGCGUAUCGAACGUAUCAUGUCCCGGUUGUGCGGAUGAAUCUCACCAAGAGCAUCCUACAUCAGAUUUCUACCAUAUGGGAGGAGAUCGAAUGUGCCUUUGAUGACCACAUUGGAUCUCCAAAAGAGUACCAGCCAUUUCCCUUAUACCAGAUCAUGGCCAUGACCAUUGCGCGUGCUAGUAAUCGGAUUUUUAUUAAUGAAGAGUUUGCCCGAAACAAAGAAUACCUCCAGCUGGCCGUAGAUUAUGCUCAGGCAGUUGUCAUCUCAGCUGAGCUCCUCAAACCCUUCCCAGAUUGGAUGAAACAGUACGAAAAGCAGAAACCGGAGUUGUUGUCGAGCUCGCGGAUACUUGUUAAAGCCGUGCCCGUCUCCUCAUGUCGUCGCCGCGCAUUAAAAUACCUCCGCCAGGUUGUGCAGGAGUGCCUUGAUCGGAAGCCUGGAGAUGAGAGACCGGAUACAAUGAUCCAAUGGCUAGCGGAUGCAGCCCCUCCAGCUGAAAGGAAAUUGGAUCUUCUUGUGGAACGGAUCAUGGCCCUGAAUGUGGCUGCGAUCCAUACUACCACCAUGAUAGCUUUCUCAAGGAAGCUGGCAGAUUUAACAAUGCUGGGCUCAGUAAGUUUGCUCCACUAUACCGGCCGCUGUCCCCCGGCUGUUGACCCGAUAUCGCUCGAUUUAGUGGCAAUGCAACGUAACGCGAAGCAAAAAUUUACUUUCUCAGACGGCACCAUCAUUCCUGCCGGAGCAAAAAUUGGAACCCCCAGCUUAAUCCUUCACCGAGACCCGACAGCAUACGAGGAUGGCGAUGCCUUCGAUGGAUUCCGGUUCAGCAAAAAAGGCGCGGCCGCCUCUAGUCCACGGGAGGCGGCAAAGUUCUCCAUGGUGAGCACAGCUGCAGAAUAUCAGAUCUUUGGACAUGGGAAGCAUGCUUGUCCCGGGCGGUUCUAUGCUGUCAACGAGAUGAAGAUCAUGCUAGCAAUAUUCAUCUCCCGGUACGAGAUAAAGGCAGUGCCUGGCACUGCCCCAAAGCAAACCUUUCUCGCUACCAUGGCGAUCCCAGAUACGCAGCUGGAGACUCUGGUAAAACGGAGAGAAACCUGA